GAGAGGAGGGGGCCCUAACGGAGGAGGCUGAACACGGGCCUCCUCCUCUCUUAAAGCGCCCCUGGCUAUAAGUAACUAUGGAAACUAUGGGAUACAUCACCGGAUGCACAGUGAUGAGCGUAAUGCGGGAUGACGUUAUCAACUGGAGCCGCCAGGUCAGGUGCGUGGUCCUGCUACCGGAAUGGCGCCAUUCACUGAGGGGUGUGGGGAUAUAAGAUAUUCUCCAAAGAGUUUUAUCCUGGGGCUGCCAGAACUUAAUCCUAGGGGGUGACUUCAACACGGUCGUUGAUCCAUCCAUGGACAGAUCGGGGGCAGGACCACUGACCAAUGUAACUAUUGCAAAAGAUAAAGAAGGCAAUUUCAAGUCCUUUGGCUUUGUAUGCUUUAAGCAUGCUGAAUCUGUGCCAUAUGCUAUAUCCUUGCUAAAUGGCACACGCUUGUAUGGAAGGCCCAUUAAACUCCAGUAUCGAUUUGGAAGUUCUCAUUUCGAUGAACCAAACAAGGAUUUCCAAGGACCUGAUAAUGGUUUUGUCAGGAACCUAGCAGCUUGUGGAAUGCCAGUAAUGGGAGAACAUUAUGCAUCCCCUGUUCCAAUGUCCCCCAUGGAUAGCAGCUACUUAUCCCAGGCGUAUUUGUAUUUUCAUGGCAUGAUGAACCAGUUUAUAACUCUACAGCAACCAGCAUAUGGUUGGGGGACGCCAGAGGAACAAGGUGGCAUGCCAGCCCGGCUAUGGAACAGUGAAGCUUCCUUUGCCCCAUGCAGUGAACCCAGAGAAAACUGCGACGCUGGCCCCAGUUCUACAACUUGGGAAUCCCAUGGCUGCAAAGUGAACCAAAACAAGAGAAUAUCUUGUAAGCGAAGCAGAGUAAUCGAGAUCAGCGAUACGGACAGUGAUGGCCCAGAAAAUAGUGUCAAAAAACCCAAGCCUGCCAAAAAACGUAAAGCGAAGAGAAGAAAGUACUAGACCAGAACAUAGGCUACAAACCACGCCUGUGUAUUUCACUAAAUGGACUACAGUGACAUCCUGGAGAGGGUUCAAAGUAGACCCCACUGGACUACGAACAUGGCUUUAUUCUGAAAAACUCUAUAAUAUGUACUGUUAAUGUUAUUCUUGUUUCAGUAUGGAAAUAUUUAACUUAUUAAAAUGAAAUCUGUUACUUGCAAA